AUGCAGAGUCAACUUCAAAAUUUGUGGAGGGUCGCCCAAGGGCCGUGGGAAUCCGGAGUUCUCCCUACCGCUGAAGACUUGGCGCGAGCGAGAGCCUCCCUCCCCGCGACAUUGCCGGAUACCGGCUCCAGUCUUGAGUUGAUACAGCGCCACAUUUUGGAUGACAUUGCGCCGGCAUUCAACGGUGGCAGCAUCAGUCCAAACUAUUACGGGUUCAUCACGGGCGGGACUACGCCUGCUGCGCUCUUCGCGGACAACGUCGUCUCUGCCUACGACCAAAAUGUCCAAGUUCAUCUUCCAAACCACUCCAUCGUCACCGAUGUGGAGUACAAUGCGAUUGGCUUGCUUCUAGAUCUCUUCCGAUUGGACCGCUCGGCUUGGUAUAACGGAACUUUCACCACUGGCGCCACUGCUAGCAACGUCCUUGGUCUGGCGUGUGGACGCGAGUAUGUCCUGCAAAAGGCUGCACAGAAAAAGGGCAGUCAACUGCAGAGUGUCGGUGAAGAGGGACUGUUUGAAGUGAUGAGUGCUCUAGGCCUGUCGGGCAUACAAGUGCUGUCAACACUGCCUCAUUCAUCUGUUGUGAAGGCUGCGGGCAUUUUGGGCAUCGGUCGGUCCAACGUGCAUAACAUUUGUCGCGCUGACGAUCCGCUCCACUUUGACCUGGAACGGCUUGAAAAAGAGCUCGCACGAACUGACAAAGUCAGCAUUGUCGCCAUAUCCUGUGGCGAGGUAAAUACCGGCCGUUUUGCGACAAACGGUACGGAUUUGAGAGACAUCCGCCACCUGUGCGACAAGUACGGAGCAUGGUUGCAUGCCGAUGGAGCCUUCGGAAUAUUCGGCCGGAUUCUCGAUGAGAGUGCCGAGUUUGCAACUGUCAGGAAAGGCUCGGACGGAAUAGAAUUGGCUGACUCGAUCACCGGUGACGGCCACAAGCUUCUCAACGUUCCCUACGACUGUGGCUUCUUCUUCACUCGACACCCACAUGUGGCGUCCCAGGUAUUCCAAAAUGCCAAUGCGGCUUAUUUGACGGCAGGAAACUCAGAUGGACCUUCCAUUCCUUCACCUCUGAAUAUUGGAAUUGAGAAUUCUCGUCGCUUCAGGGCACUCCCCGUGUAUGCCUCCCUGUUGUCAUAUGGAAAGUCUGGGUACCAGGAAAUGCUUGGUCGUCAGAUCAAACUUGCCCGCAAACUAUAUGACUGGAUAUUCGACCAUCCUGAGUACACAGCUUUGCCGCAAUCCUCAUCCAAGGCAGAGCUGCUUGAUCAAACGUUUAUGGGCGUCCUUUUCCGGGCAAACGACCCGGAAUUGAACCAAAAUCUGGGGAUCAGAAUCAAUGAUAGCUCUCGCAUGUUCGUCUCUGGUACUAGCUGGGAUGGUAACCCUGCUUGUCGCAUUGCAAUCUCCAAUUGGCGGGUUGACGUGGAGCGAGAUUCAGCGCUCGUUAUCGACGUACUGGCCAAGAUUGCCGAGAAAAAAUGA